GAAGAACACAGGCAGAUGUCCUGCCUUGCUGACCGGUCUCAUUAACUCACCAUGAAGACAGCAAAGGACCUGGCUUCUCUGGCCUAACAAGGCAGUAGGAGAAAGCUGUCCUUAUUCAUCCUGGUUCUGCCUGCGCUAAAGGAUGACUUCAGUUCCAGGCUAACCAGCAAGGCCAUGGGCGCCAGGAGAGCCCCACAAAGACCAGCGUGCACCCUGUGUCUUGUCCUGGUGGCCACCCUCCUUGGUCUGGCAGGCUCUCUGGACUGGAAGGCAACCUCCAUCCUGAACCCUAUUGAGAAGUGUAUGGAGGACCAUGAUUAUGAACAGCUACUCAAGGUGGUGACCUUGGGCCUCAAUCGGACUUCGAAGCCCCAGAAGGUGGUAGUGGUUGGUGCGGGUGUGGCCGGGCUGGUAGCAGCCAAGAUGCUCAGUGAUGCAGGACACAAGGUCACCAUCCUGGAGGCAGAUAACAGGAUUGGGGGCCGUAUCUUCACUUUCCGGGAUGAGAAGACAGGCUGGAUAGGGGAGCUUGGGGCCAUGCGAAUGCCCAGUUCCCACAGGAUCUUGCACAAGCUCUGCAGGAGCCUGGGCCUCAACCUGACUCGGUUCACACAGUAUGAUGAGAACACUUGGACAGAGGUGCAUGAUGUGAAGCUGCGAAACUAUGUGGUGGAGAGGAUGCCAGAAAAGCUGGGCUACAACCUGAACGACAGGGAAAGGGGCCAUUCCCCAGAGGACAUCUACCAGAUGGCACUCAACAAGGCCUUCAAAGACCUCAAGGCUUUGGGCUGCAAGAAAGCCAUGGAUAAGUUCAACAAGCACACGCUCCUGGAAUAUCUCCUCGGGGAGGGCAACCUGUCCCGGCCGGCUGUGCAGCUCCUGGGAGAUGUGAUGUCCGAGGAGGGCUUCUUCUACCUCAGCUUUGCAGAAGCAUUACGCGCGCACGCCUGCCUGAGCGAUCGACUCCGGUACAGCCGUAUCGUGGGUGGCUGGGACCUGCUUCCGCGAGCGCUGCUGAGCUCGCUGUCCGGGCCGGUGCUGCUGAACGCGCCUGUGGUGUCCAUCACUCAGGGGAGGAACGAUGUGCGCGUGCACGUAGCCACCUCGCUACGGUCUUACAGCUUGAAGACGCUGACAGCGGACGUGGUGCUGCUGACUGCCAGUGGGCCCGCGCUGCAGCGCAUUACCUUCUCGCCGCCCUUGACUCGCAAGAGGCAGGAGGCACUGCGCGCGCUUCACUACGUAGCAGCCAGCAAGGUUUUUCUGAGUUUCCGUCGGCCUUUCUGGCACGAGGAGCACAUCGAGGGUGGCCACUCCAACACUGACCGCCCAUCGCGCCUCAUAUUCUAUCCUGCGCGAGGCGAGGGCUCACUGCUUCUGGCCUCCUACACGUGGUCGGACGCUGCAGACCCCUUCGCUGGACUGAGCACCGACCAGACCCUGCGUUUGGUGCUCCAGGACCUGGCGGCCCUGCACGGGCCUGUGGUGUUCCGGCUGUGGGACGGCAGGGGUGUGGUCAAGCGCUGGGCAGAGGACCCGCAUAGCCAGGGAGGUUUCGUGGUGCAGCCGCCAUUGUAUGGGCCCGAGGCCGAGGACUAUGACUGGUCAGCCCCCUUCGGCCGCAUUUACUUCGCGGGCGAGCACACAGCUCUCCCGCAUGGCUGGGUAGAGACCGCUGUCAAGUCCGGGUUGCGGGCCGCAGUGAGAAUCAAUAACAACUAUGGGUACAGGGAGGUAGACCCCCAGAUGACAGAGCAUGCACAUGCAGAGACCAACUAUCUGGACCAGUAUCCUGAAGGGGAGAGGCCUGAGGAGCAGCAGGCGCGGGAAGAAAUCACCCCAGAAGAGCAGGCGCCCUCUCACAAACACUUGGUGCAAACAAGCCCUGAGGGGCAGCAACACGUGUUUGUGGAGGCCAUUCCUGAGCUGCAGGGACACGUGUUCGUGGAGACUAUCCCCCAGAAGGGGUACGUCCACCAGAAUAUAUAUCCUUCGGAGCAUGUACAGGCGCAUGGGGAAGUCAUCCCUGAAUUACAAGGGCAUGGGCAUGUGGGAUCUGGCACCCCGCAAAUGCACCGAUUGGGGGACCACUCCUAAUCGCUAAGGGGAAGUGAGCACCCCGCUCCUAACCCAGGCCUCCUCAGGGCAGACAAACCACCUACACUAAUAGCCCACAAUAAAGUUAUUUUUGUUAAA